GAAAAACAGACGAAUGUAUACAUGAACGCUGUUGUCUGCGCACCGACGCGCUGCUCAAAUGUGAGGGCAUCGUCGGUCGUUUGUAUGAAGACCUGGUGCCACCCUGAUUAGACCCUGACUGAACUCUUAGCUUCCACUUCCUAAAAAACAACCAUGACAGCCAUCAAUGCACCUCGGGACAAAUACAAUGCAGUGUGGAUCAUUUUUUUCAUCUUGGGCUUGGGAACCCUCUUACCGUGGAAUUUCUUCAUGACGGCAACAAUGUACUUCACCAGUAGGCUGAAGGACCUGCCCACCUCCAAUCAGACAGGUAACGGGACCACGGAGGAUCGUAAUGUCCUGGAGUCCAAGUUCAACAACGUGAUGACACUCUGCGCCAUGGUGCCUCUGCUCAUUUUCACCUGCCUCAACUCUUUCAUACACCAGAGGAUUCCUCAGAAGCUGCGGAUCAGCGGCAGCCUGACGGUAAUCCUGGUGGUUUUCUUGUUGACUGCCGUGCUCGUCAAGGUGGACAUGGAACCACUACCCUUCUUCACCCUCACCAUGUUCAAAAUUAUCUGCAUCAAUUCAUUCGGGGCGAUUCUUCAGGGAAGUCUGUUCGGGUUGGCGGGGAUCCUGCCUGCCUCCUACACCACUCCCAUCAUGAGUGGACAGGGGCUCGCCGGCACCUUCGCGGCUUUCUCCAUGAUCUGCGCUCUGGCCAGCGGGUCGGCCCUGCAGGACAGUGCUUUUGGUUACUUCAUCACAGCCUGUGUUGUUGUUCUCCUGGCCAUAAUGUCCUACCUCGCUCUGCCUAGGAUGGAGUUUUUCCAGUACUACAUCGACAGUAAUGGGUCCAGACCCUCCGCUGAUGAGGAGAACAAAAUGGACUUGCUCAAAAAAGAAAAUCCAGCAGAGAAGCGGCCGGUGAUGAAUCUGAUGGAGGAAGAACCCAAACCCAGCGUGUCUGUGGUGAACAUCUUCAAACAGAUCUGGGUGAUGGCUCUGUCAGUGUGCUUCAUCUUCACCGUCACCAUUGGAACAUUCCCCGCCGUGACUGUUGAGGUCAAGUCGACUGUAGCAAAUGAAGGGGCCUGGGAUACUUACUUCAUCCCUGUGUCAUGUUUCCUCCUCUUCAACGUGAUGGACUGGGCUGGCAGGAGUCUAACAGCCGUCUGCAUGUGGCCCACUAAGGACAGUAUCUGGCUUCCUGUCCUGGUGCUCCUGCGUGUCAUCUUCAUCCCUCUGUUCAUGCUGUGUAACGUGCAGCCUCGUAACUACCUCCCUGUGCUGUUCCACCACGACGCAUGGUACAUCAUCUUCAUGAUCUUCUUCUCCUUCUCCAACGGAUACCUGGCCAGCCUCUGCAUGUGUUUUGGACCCAAGAAGGUGCCGCCGCAUGAGGCAGAGACGGCGGGGGCCAUCAUGGCGUUCUUCCUGUCCCUCGGCUUGGCUCUGGGCGCUGCAGUCUCAUUUGCUUUCCGGGCCAUGAUCUAAAAUCUCCAGUGGAUCCUCCAGUAGACGUAGAUUAGACCAAUACGCCUCCAUCUCUCCCAGUCACGACCUUCAUGGGAGGACCUCUGAAAAACUGGACUAGCCACCGACUGAGAGGACGAGACAGCAUAGCAGACUAGAGAUCUCAACCUCGGUCUGUCAGUAUUAGCGACUCCUCAUCAAGCACCAUGGCAACAAUAUAAGCUGAAAACAUUUUAAUGAAUACUUUUCCCUCCAAACUCGGCAGCACAAACAUGUGUGUGCCUCUUCUGUUUCGGGGGUGGUCAUUUACACUCUACGCCAUCGGUCAAACCGGUUAUUUCUCUGAGAUAAAUAUAAGAGCAGAGCGUAACUCAUCAAGUGAAUCAAAACCAAAAGUUGUUAAAAAGAAAAUCAGUUGUGGACUCGUCACUUGUCAUGUAGAAAAUGGCAGAAAACCUUUUGUGGUUCUGUGUAAUUUGAAAUUUUCCCAAAUAUCAAAAAACUGCCAAAUCUUGAGUCCAGGCCUUGUUAAAGAAGCGUCCCAGAGCCUCAUUCAUAAAAUGUUUUUUUUUACACUUCUAAAAAACAAUCAAAAAAUGUGUAAUUUCUUUAGUCUUAUAGAGUUCUUUCACUUUAAAUAUCGUUCACUUUCUGUUAAUCACAUUCAUAGAAACCACAUGAAAUUGGUUUGUAUAUAAAGUCUUGACAUUGUUUUUAUAAAUGAGGCUCUCAGAUGCUGCUGUUUGACACGUCCACAUUCACUGUUACAUUUAAAUCAUCAACUUUAUAAACUUUUUUUUUUUUAAAAGAUGAAUGAAAAAUCCUCGACUUGGAUUCACUAGCGUUAUGUCACCGUGAACUGUUGCAGCUUUUUUUAAAACUCUGAUCAAGCCAAAUACACAAAGACAUGGGAAACUGAUGAACUUUGAAGGGAGGUCAUGACUCUGCAAACAGCUACUGUGUAAAAAAAAAAAAAAAAGAAAUCUGCUUUGUUCCUUCACUCUGCUUCCAGCCUCGACUCGGGUCACUUCUGUGGCUUCCUCACAACAAAUCUGUGAUAUCUCGAAGAAUGUAAGCCUAUAAUCCUGAAACCAGGGGUUUAAUCUAUAAAUGUAGGCUUGGAAACCUUCCUGCUCUAACUGUCUUAGAGAGUGAUGUUUGUCCGUCUGGUAGAUUUAGAUAACACACGCCUGGGUCUACAUCCUCAGCCCACAUUUGAGGGCUUUUAUGUUACUGUGUCGUCCUGAUUUUAAAAAAAAAAAAAAAAAAGCAGCUGUCAGCAGUGAGAUUUUUUUUCUUUUUAAAAAAAAUCUCACUCUUCAGCUGUCUUUGAGAUGGUGCCAUUUCUCAUCAGACGUAUUCUCAUGGAAGCUCCGUUUUAUAUCAGAAGUAGUAGUAGUAGUUUUUCCAAACUUAAAUCAGUUUGUUUUUAUGAAUGAGGGUUUUAAAAGGCCACCUGCCUGUCAGUGUUAUAUUUUUGUUUAGUUGGAUAUUUGUGGCCUAUUGGUUUUUUGUUUUGUUUUUGUUUUUAAGCCUGUUUUAGUUCACAAUAUUAUUCAUGUUACCACCUGUAUACAUCCUAACCGCCAGUUUAAAAGCACAACGCGUUGGUCUGUUCUUCCAUACUGUGUGUUGUGGUUGGCAUGGACGACUGAAAUGUUACUUAACCGUGUAUUGCAGCUUGAAACAUUUCUGUGGUAAAAAAAAUGUAUUUUUAAGAAUCUGGCUCCCCCUGUUGGUCAUUUGUGGUAACACACCACUCAACAUUUCAGCACCUGAUGAGGUCGGAUGUGAUCUGGCACUGAAGAAAUAUGUGAUAUGAAACAUCUGGAUAUAAUAGUUUCAUCAGGUGAUACAAACAGCUGCUGGCUUAAUUAUCUGAAAGGUUUAUUACAAACUGUCAGCUGAUCUU